AGAGCAGGCGCUUGGCUUUACCCCGAGGCUGCAGUGAAUCGGAGGGUGUCAGGUCGUGGGGGGUCGGAGUGGAGUUGCGUUGUUUUGCGUGUGGCGAGAUGAGGCAGCGCGGGCUGUGGGUACUGCUGUUGCUGCUGGGGAUGGCCCAGCUGGCCGUGUUGGUGGCGCAGGAGGACGGCAGAGAAUCUGUUACACAAGAAGUUGAUGGUGAUGAUGAUGAAGAAGAAGAAGAUGAUGAUGAUGAUGAUAACUCUGAAGUUAAAGAAGAAAAUGAUGUGUUAGUCUUGAAUGAUGCAAACUUUGACACCUUUACCGCAGACAAGGACACUGUGCUCCUGGAGUUCUAUGCACCAUGGUGUGGGCAUUGCAAGCAGUUUGCUCCUGAGUAUGAAAAGAUAGCUAAAACCCUGAAGGAAAAUGACCCUCCUAUUCCAGUUGCCAAAAUUGAUGCUACUGCAGCCACUGCACUAGCAAGUCGUUUUGAUGUCAGUGGUUACCCAACCAUUAAAAUCCUGAAAAAAGGCCAGCCUGUUGACUAUGAUGGUUCUCGAACAGAAGAUGCAAUUGUGGCCAAAGUCAAGGAGAUUUCUGACCCCAAUUGGACCCCUCCACCAGAAGCUACUCUGGUAUUGACCCAGGAUAAUUUUGAUGAUGUCGUGAAAGAUGCUGACAUAAUUCUAGUGGAAUUCUAUGCUCCAUGGUGUGGACACUGCAAAAGGCUUGCUCCAGAAUAUGAGAAGGCCGCCCAGGAGCUCAGCAAGCGCACACCUCCCAUUCCUCUGGCUAAAGUUGAUGCCACUGCUGAAACUGAGCUUGCAAAGAAGUUUGAUGUUACUGGCUAUCCAACUCUGAAAAUCUUUCGCAAAGGCAAACCUUAUGACUACAGUGGUCCACGAGAGAAAUACGGUAUUGUCGACUACAUGAUUGAACAGGCUGGUCCUCCAUCUAAACAGAUUCAGGCUACGAAGCAGGUACAGGAAUUUCUGAAGGAUGGAGAUGAUGUCAUUAUCAUUGGUGUUUUUAGUGGAGAAACUGAUGAAGUCUAUCAGCUCUACCAGGAAGCAGCUAACAGUUUAAGAGAAGAUUACAAGUUCCAUCACACCUUCAGCAGCGAGAUUGCAAAACUAUUGAAAGUAUCUCCUGGAAAAUUGGUUGUCAUGCAGCCGGAAAAGUUUCAAUCAAAGCAUGAGCCCAAGAUGUACGUUUUGGAUCUUAAAUAUUCUACAAGUGAGUCAGAGAUCAAAGAGCAUGUAGUGAAACAUGCUUUGCCUCUAGUUGGUCAUCGCAAGCCUUCCAAUGAUGCUAAAAGAUAUGCUAAGCGUCCUCUAGUGGUUGUCUAUUAUACUGUUGACUUUAGUUUUGACUAUCGUGUUGCUACCCAGUACUGGAGAGGCAAAGUCCUAGAAGUAGCCAAGGACUUCCCUGAAUAUGUGUUUGCUGUUUCUGACGAGGAAGAUUAUUCUUCUGAAAUAAAGGAUCUAGGUCUGCUUGAGAGUGGAGAGGAUGUAAAUGUUGCCAUUCUGGAUGAAGGUGGCAAGAAAUAUGCCAUGGAGCCAGAAGAGUUUGACUCUGAUGCCCUCAGGCAGUUUGUGCUGGCAUUCAAAAAAGGAAAACUGAAGCCUAUUGUGAAGUCACAGCCAGUGCCAAAAAAUAACAAAGGGCCUGUGAAAGUGGUAGUGGGUAAAACUUUUGAUACCAUAGUAAUGGAUCCAAAGAAUGAUGUUCUCAUAGAGUUCUAUGCCCCAUGGUGUGGACACUGCAAGAAACUAGAACCAGUGUAUACUGAGCUAGGCAAAAAAUACAAGAAUGAGAAAAAUCUAGUCAUAGCCAAGAUGGAUGCUACUGCCAACGAUGUGACAAAUGAUCACUACAAAGUGGAAGGAUUCCCUACCAUCUACUUUGCUCCAAGGGACAAGAAGAACAAUCCUAUUAAAUUUGAAGGUGGUGACAGAGAUUUAGAGCAUUUGAGUAAAUUUAUAGAGGAGCAUGCAACAAAACUCUCUAGAACAAAAGAAGAGCUUUAGAUAAGAUGAGGUUGAUAAAGAAUUCUUUGUACGUUGUAGUUUAAAGAAAGUUACUGACAAAACUUCAAUGAGAGAAGAAUUCAGCAGCUUGAACAAGGAAAUUCUUGAGCAGUAAAGUAAUUGCAGUAUCUCUUUUUUGUAUUACGAAAAAAAAAUCUGGACACUGAACUUUGAUACAAUUGUCUUGCGUUUGUUAUAGUGUUGAUCUAUGGAGGAAAAAUACAUCAUUUAUUUUUUGUGACUAUCUUGAGCUUGAUUCUUUGAUUCUAAUACAGCUGGGUUUUUGUUGUUGUUUUGUUUUGAAGUUAAAAGAAACUACCAAAAAGAGAACCAAAUCCUUCUGUCAAAUAGA